AUGGUCCCUCUUCCCCUCUUCAAGCUUGCCGCACUGUUUGUGCGGCACGUUUCCAAAUAUGGCGCGAAUCAAAUAAAGGCUCAGGCCCACGACCACCCCCGGUUUCGAGCGUUUGCGGCCCGAUAUGGCCAGUCUAUACACCAAUUGAACAUGAAGAUGUCGGUCGCCCUAUUACGGAACCCUGAUGCGGAGAGACGUGCCAAGGAGCGCGCCGAAGCACCCACCGUCCUGACGGAGGAACAGCUGAAGCGGGAGGAGGAGCGCAAGGAGAAGGUUGGCCCCGAUGCAGCAAAGAAGCAGGUGCCUUUCCAGAACGUGUGGCGACGCAAAUUCCGACCUCUCCCGGAGGCCAAGGCCGUCGAUCUCUUUGCCGAUGUCAUUGGUGACACGUUCAUUCUGUCUGUGGCUGGUGCCUUGAUCGUGUAUGAGUAUUGGAAAUCGACACAGAAGCCGGAUACGACCAAGGAACGCUUUGAAGAGCUCGAUCAGAGGUUCGAAGAGCUUAAGAGGAAAGAGGAGGAGCUGGAAGCUGCCGAGGAGAAACAGCGACAGCGGUUCGACAGCUUGGAGGAGGUAUUGCGGGCAUUGAAGGAUCCCAAAACGAAGCAGCCAGUGAUCCCAGGUCUGCAGAUCUCAUGA